GCCCUCCAUUUCUGACUGGGUCUUGCUGGAUUUGCGCCAGGCCCGGUCGUCGACUUCAGCUCUCUACCGAUAACUACUGCAACUCCCUGGCUGGAUCUGAUUUGCAUGGUCGGGCGGUUUUUUCUCCCGGACUUCAGGUUGUGGUUGUACUCUGCUCGCCGUUCGAUCUGCACAGUAGCCGACACGACAAGCGCUUGAGAUUCGACGUUCAGCCCCGAGCCGCCGACAAAAUGGCGGCCAACGAAUACUACUCCCAAAAGCCGCUACCCGAUGCGACAACCCCCCAGUAUCAAGGGCACUACGCCGACCUGCACGGCGGCUCGUCUUCCUCAUCUUACUCUACACCUGCUCCCCCCUACAGCUCCCAACCCCACCUGGCUCCCGGUGACCGGCGAUCGCAAGGUCCUACUGGGCUAUCUCCCUCACCCUUCGAGACAGUCUUCGACGACCAUGUGUAUCCUGCGAGCACAUACCAGCCAACGCCGGCCUCGAGCACCCACGCAUUGAGCCGCCAAGAUACGAGCUACCACGGCCAUUCGCCCGUCUCGCCCGACGAUAUGGCUUACAACCACCCUCCAGACGACAUUCCCCUCCGGGACCACGCUCAGCGGGUGCCGUCCAAGGACGCCGAGAUGCAGGAUCACGUCUACGACGCGUCACAGUCGAGAAAGCCGCGCAGGGGUCGCGUACGGUUCGGCGAGCUGGGAAUGAUGGGAUCGGGGCGCAAGAAGAUUCCGCUUGUCGUCUACUUUUUCACCCUCGUCCAGGUGGCUGUCUUCAUUGGCGAGAUCGUCAAGAAUGCGACCGCAACGGGCUCCCCCAUCCAGAUCCACCCUUCCGUCAACCCCAUGAUCGGCCCAUCGCCCUACAUCCUCAUCAACAUGGGCGCCAGGUUUGUCCCCUGCAUGCACAAUAUCGAUGGAGUCCAGAACGCAAAGGAGCAAUUCCCCUGGCCCUGCCCGAAUUCUACGUCGAAUGAUCCAGACCUCGCUGAGAACAAGUGCACCCUCUCGGAGCUGUGCGGCUUCGGCGGCGUCCCGGAGCCCGCCUACCAGCCGAACACGCCUCUCGACACCAAACCCGAGCCCAACCAAUGGUUCCGCUUCAUUACCCCGAUCUUCUUGCACGCUGGCAUUAUCCACAUUGGCUUCAACAUGCUGCUCCAGCUGACCCUGGGCCGGGACAUGGAGAGGUCGAUCGGCUCGAUCCGCUUCUUCCUGGUCUACAUGAGCGCGGGCAUCUUCGGCUUCGUUAUGGGCGGCAACUUCGCCGCGACGGGCAUCGCCUCGACGGGCGCGUCGGGUUCGCUGUUCGGCGUUAUCGCUCUGACCCUGCUCGACCUGCUCUACUCGUGGAAGGACCGUCUGAACCCGAUCAAAGACCUCGCCUUCAUCGUCCUCGACGUCGCUAUCUCCUUCGUCCUGGGCCUGCUCCCCGGCCUCGACAACUUCUCCCACAUUGGUGGUUUCCUCAUGGGCCUCGCCCUCGGCAUCUGCGUGCUGCACUCACCCAACUCGCUCCGCCGCCGCAUCGGCGUCGACGACGUCCCCUACGCCAGCUCCCAGGUCAGCGGCGGUUUUGCCGCCCAGGGUACGCCGCCUUCCUUCUUCAAGAACCCGGUCGGCUUCUUUAAGGGCCGCAAGCCGCUGUGGUGGGCUUGGUGGCUGAUCCGGGCCGGCGCGCUCGUGGUCGUCAUGGUCGUCUUCAUCCUGCUGCUGAACAACUUUUACGUCUACCGCCAAACCUGCUCAUGGUGCAAGUAUUUGAGCUGCCUGGACGUGAGCAACUGGUGCGACAUUGGCAACUUACAGCUGCCGAGCUAAAAAGGAACACGCUUCUUCACCAUGGGCGACAGCAGCUUGCAUCGAGAGGUCGCAGCAUGGCGAGAAGAUUAUUCCUUAUCGAACUUAACUUGCUAAGUUUCAUUGUUUGGCUACGGCGAAAACGGGGGGUACGGACGGGGAGGACAAAGAAUGGGAAGGGGAGGAGGCAUAAUACUUCCUGAACUUAUGCAUUGCAUCGGCGUUUGGGUCUCUCUUACCUGACUCGGACUUUCUUCGGCAGAUUCAUCAAGGGGGUCCUGGGUGGUAAACCGGGGUGGCGGCGGCGGCUUGGAGACCCGAUAUACAGCCUUUUUUCUGUGAAGUCAUCAAUUUCAUAGUUGACGACACCGCCUGCUUUGCUAUUUCUAUUGCGUUGUGUACUUGUAUUGCUGGAUGGGAAAA